ACGGAAAGGUUCUUAUCCUGCAGUCGCAAUUCGAAACCCAUUGUCCGGGGGCUAUAGCAGUGGUUGGGGAAGUGGUCACCCGACUUCUCACGCCGCAGCCGGAGCGAGAUGUCAGGAUCGUGAACGAGCAGUCGCAUCGGCUAUGAGCGAAUAUCAUGUGGAAGCUGGUCACGGUUGAGUAGUGGCAUGCAUUGGGACCGAUAUCAGCGUUGAACGUGUCAUGCUGCAUUCGUACUGGCGAUGAUGUCGUCGUUAUGCGCAAGCUUGCUGUUCUAGAACGCGCGCAUGGCCGACAGCGUGGUGGACAGUGGGGGGGUUGUGAUGCGGGACAGACCCUGAGAAAGUGGUGGUUGAUGACGAUCUGUUGACGUGCAAAGCGUGAAUGUUUUGGCGAUGCCGCAACGCAUACGCGAUGCCUUCAGCCUGUCAAUGACUCUCGCACGGCUAAUGAGUAGGAGAGUGGUGGGUAUAAGUCCUUCGAAGCUUCAGUCUCUGUCACCCACACGUACAACAACAACAACUUCCUUCAUUCGAUUCCCCCUACUUUCAUACCCAAGAUCAAUUCACACAACAGCAGCAAAGAUGGGCGAACCAGUAACUGCAUACCCAUGGAAGGAGCUCAAGCCUCAGGACCAGAGUGGCGGUCCAGGUCUUGACACCAAGCUCGACCCGGGCGCCAACUUCACCGAGCUCGAGUACUGGGAGAACGAGAAGCCAAUCCUCAAAGAGUACGAAGGUCGCGGUCUGCUCAAGGACAAGGCCGUCUUGAUCACCGGUGGUGACUCCGGCAUCGGUCGUGCCGUGGGCGUGCUCAUGGCGCGAGAGGGCGCAGACAUCACCUUCGUGCACUUGCCCGAGGAAGAAGAAGACGCCAAGAUCACGUGCAAGAUGAUCGAGCAAGCCGGCCGCAAGGCGCACCACAUGGCGCUGAACUUGCGGGAGGAUGCGAACUGCAAGAAGGCGGUCGAGGAGCACAUCAAGACCUUCGGCAAGCUUAACGUGCUGGUCAACAACGCGGCGAUGCAGGAGAUUUGCCAGGACUUGGUCGAUAUCGACUUGGCGGUGGUGGAGAAGACGUUCCGCACCAACAUCCUCGCCAUGUUCGCCAUGACCAAGUUUGCCCUGCCGCACAUGAAGCGCGGAGACAGCAUCGUCAACUCGACGUCCGUUGCGGCGUACAUGGGUAACCCGCAGUUGGUCGACUACAGCAGUACGAAGGGUGCCAUUGCCACGUUCACGAGGAGCUUGGCGCAGCAGCAGGCAUCGAAGGGGAUUCGAGUUAAUGGUGUCGCUCCUGGCAUCAUCUGGACCCCGCUUCAGCCAGCCACGAAGGGCAACCCUGCCGACGCGAUGGAGGGUCUUGGUGUCGGUAUGGCUCCGCUGCCACGCCCGGGUAUGCCGAUCGAGGUCGCUACUGCCUACGUCUUCCUCGCCUCGCCGCUCGGCUCAUACACUACAGGCGAGGUGAUCCAUGUCAACGGUGGCAUUGAGAUGCAGGGUUAAGCGCUGAAGCGAGCCAAACUGGGGGAGUGAUAGAUAGAUGAAGAUGAUAUCAAGCGGUACUUAAGAUACCGCUCCUGGCUGAGAAUGAUGACAUGAGGUACGAAAAGCAUAGCAGCAGAGGCGCAGCGGCGGUUUUAGCACGUACCUGGAUGGUAUUACUGUCGCGGGAGAUCAUAGAAGUGUAAGCAGUCUGUGCUGUGAUAUUUCG